GACAUUAUGAAGGUAUUACUGGUGACUCUGCUGGUAGCGUCCGCUUAUGCGGAGUACACCGAGGACGUUUCAAGUACUCUUACCGCUUUCGGGUACUUGACUAGGUACGGUGUGCCUCGCUUGGAAGCAAUCAAGGCGGCUGAGGAGGCCUAUAACAAUAGCCCGGAAUCUAAGAUUGUGGGUGGUGCUGCCUCAUCGCCCGGACAGUUCCCUUACCAAGCUGGCCUUCUAAUCGACCUCAUCGGCUUUACCGGCCAAGCGGUCUGCGGGGCCGUCCUCGUCAACAACCAACGCCUGUUGACGGCUGCCCACUGCUGGUUCGAUGGGCAGAACCAGGCCUGGCGCUUCACCGUGGUGCUCGGCACCGUGCAGCUGUUUACUGGCGGCACCAGGGUGACGACAAGCGCUGUGGCAACCCAUCCUCAAUGGUUCCCAUUGCUCAUUCGCAACGACAUUGCUGUUAUUUACUUGCCUACGGCGGUUGCUACGUCAGCAACUAUUGCCCCUAUCGCCCUGCCAUCUGGAGCCCAGCUCAACGAAAACUUCGCUGGCGAAACUGCCAUUGCUUCUGGUUUUGGUCUGACCUCUGAUGGCGGUUCCCUGACAACCAACCAGUUUCUGAGUCACGUUACGCUUAACGUGAUCACCAAUAGCGCCUGUUCGAUCGGCUUUCCCUCAGUAAUCCAAGAGUCCAAUAUCUGCACUAGCGGGUUCGGCGGUGUAGGCACCUGCAGCGGUGACUCUGGUGGACCUUUGGCAGUGUACAGAGACGGAAGACCUGUUUUGAUUGGACUUACCUCUUUCGGCAUCGCAUUCGGCUGCGAGCUGAUUUUCCCUUCAGCUUUCGCCAGGGUGACGUCAUUUACCGACUUCAUCAACACACACCUGUAA